AACAGGGAGGCAGCUAACAGCAACGGCAGUAGCAGCGGCAUCGUCGAUAGCACCGACGGAUUAACCAUUAUCGCCAAUUCUUACGGACUCCAGGCUACGCGCCAACGAAUUUCGCGGGUUGUUGUUCGCGCGAUGAAAAACGGUGAUUCGUAAAAAAGUGAAAACGCUACGAACGAGCGAACGACACGCCGUUGGUGGCAUCGUGUGCUGCGCGACGGACAAGGUGGUGGUGGUGGUGUGAGUGGGAAUACACAUAACACACGUGCAUCUACGUAAGCGCACUCUCUGUGUGUGCGUACACACACACACACAUAUACGCGGCCAGUCGAAGCGUGUAUAUAUAGGUGUGUGACUGCGCAGUCGCCAUAUGCGGCACGAUGGGAAGAUUGAAACUGGCGUGAAUGUGAAUGUAAAAUGGCAAGGAAAAGGAGCUACGCGUCAGUUGAACACUGUUAGCGAGAGAUACUUCUUUUUCUAAGAGAACGUCUGUAGUCUAAUUACGCAAGAGUAUAAGGAAACAUGACAGAUGUUAAACCGAUUGGAAUUUCGACAUCGCAACCACAACAGCAAUCGCAAUCGCCGCAGCAACAACCGCAACAACAACAAAUAAUGAUCGCAACUCAUGACCUGCAGCAGCAGCAGCAGAAUGUCCAACAGUCGCAGCAACAUGUACAGCAGCAACCUCAGCAGGUCCAGCAACAAGCCCAGGUACAACAGCAGCAGGUUCAGCCGCAGCAGCAGUUACAGCAGCAAGUUCAGUCGCAACAGCAGCUACAGGUCCAGCAGCAAGUGCAACAACAGGUGCAGCAACAAGUGCAGCAGCAACAGCAGCAGCAGUCACAACAACAAUCGCAGCAGCCACAGCAACAGCAGCAAAAUAACGGACCUCACAAUGUUGUACCUACUCAGGUUCAAGUGCAGCCGCAGGUAGCUGCCAGCAUGCCGCAACAAUUACAGGGAGCUGUUGCGGUGUCGAUGCAACAGCAUCAGCAACAGGGAGUAGGUGGUGUGUCUAUGACAUUAUCUGGUCAACAAGGUGCAACCACUAUAACUACAAUGGCUGCACAUCCGCAGGCAGUUCAAGUGAUUCAACAGCCAAUGCAGAGUCAAGCUUAUCAUUUACAACAAUUGUAUAAUACUCAAGGUACACCGUUGUUGAUGCCAGGAAACCUUGCGCUUCAUCCGGCGGGCAUAAAUCCCUCUUCUAUUCAGGUGAUAGCAGCUGGAAAGCCGUUUCAAUCUACAGCUCAAUUAACUCCUCACAUGUUGGCUACGACAUCUUCGCCUGGACAAGGAGCUGGUCAUCCAGGUGCCGGUGGUAACAAAGUCCCGGGAUUUCCCGCCGGCUAUUUACCGGUACCCACGUCUGCUAAUCCGGGUGGUGGUCAAACGCUAGUGUUCGGUCAACUCGGUGUAUUAGGUUCUCCGCAACCACCGCCCUCGUUGCAGCAACAACAACAGCAGCAGUCCACGAAUAAGCAGGACCAAGUACAAAAGUAUACAGCCUGCACUACUGGGACACCUUCAGGUGGAAGAACUGGUGGUAUGCAGUUUGCACCCUGGCAAUUCGCCCCUCAAGUAUGGACCACUGGAUUGCAACAACCGACUCUCCUCACUGCCGCGCCUAAUCAAAUAUUCAUUCGCGGUCCUGCACAAACUGAUAUGUUUAUACAAAGUCCACAGCCGCUACAGGCACACAACGCUCUCGCGACGCAGCAACAGAUACAAGGUGUGCAACAGAUAACGGCGACUGGUGGAAAACCUAAGCUGAUAGAUAUCCAGCAACAACAGUCUCAACAGGGUAAGCCGAACACAACCAUACAGCGACCGUUGAGCAUCUUACCGUCAUCCUUGGUGCAGGCUGCCAAUGUACGAGCCGCCAGUUCUGUUUCCACACAGACAGUUUAUGGAGUACAAGCUACAGUACAGACACAGCCAAAGAAUAGCAAUAGCGGGAAAGGCCGUGGCAAGCCGAUACAAACUCCGCAACAACAACAACAACAACAACAACAACAGCAACAGCAGCAGCAGCAACAACAGCAACAACAACAACAACAGCAGCAGCAGCAACAAGCCCAACCAACAAUACAACAUCAACAAGUCUUCAUACAACAGAAGCCACAUACGCCGCAACAACAGCCGCAGCUGCAACAGUACCAACAAGUGCAAUCUUCCCAAAUACAGAACACUAAGCCCAUCAUGACGAAUAUGACGCUGCAACAAACACCACCUGGCGUUGUCCUGGGAGCGGAUCGUUCCAUUAUGCCAGUAGUCUCGGUGGGCGGAGUUGGAGUCGGGAUCGCUGCCUCGUCGCAGAUGAAUACAAUGUCGCAACCUCCGAUGUCAACUAUGCAACAAAUUCCUUUACCGACUAUCAAUCCGACAAUUAUAUCGGGUAAUCAAAUAAUGAGCGGUACGUCACAAAUUCAAGCGAUGCCAAUUGUGAGUGCAACGCAGGAUCAGCCGACACACGAUAACACCAACUCGACGAUAAUGAUCACAUCGCCGGACCGUAAUUCGCAGGCUGAGUGCUCUUUGAUAUUACCGUCUACCACGAACUCCCCGUUAAUAACUGACGAUAGCGUAAAGUUAGUUGUGAAAAAAGACGACGUACCUGUCACCACGGAAGAUAUCACGACAGCACCUCAGUCGGAGAUAACAGAUGGGGACCAAUGUAAGACGGCAAAAAAAGACGAGGAAACAAUUGCUCCAAAAGUGGACGAGAAACAGUGCAAUAACCCAUUAGCAGGGCUUGCCAAUACAGUAAACGCGAUUACGAACGGCGUAGUUGGUGAUGAGUCACAAACUAUACCGAUCUCCGCGACAGUCAUAGUGAAUAAUAAACAAGCGCCGCCUAAAGCUAUGGUAAAGCCACAGGUUCUUACGCAUGUGAUAGAAGGAUUUGUAAUACAUGAAGCAUCAGAACCAUUCGCGGUGAGUCAGGAAACUACUAAUAUCCUUAAUCGGAGUCAUACAGUCACAGAAAAAGAUGCACACGAAGAGCCGCCAAAGAAGAAAUCUUGUUCUAAUUAUUUGAACGAAGAGGAUGGAACCAGCGGCCAAGUCAGUAAAUGCGAAAGUUGCGGUAAUGCGAUCGACGAACAAAACAUUAAGUUGAAAAAAGAAAAACGAUUCUGCUCGUCGAUGUGCGCAAAGAGUAAAAAACGUGAAAUGCGUGACGCUACGGAGAAACAGUGGACUGAAAUAGAGACUGAAACCGUCGAUGUUGACAUGACGAAGAAAAACGGCGAGGAGAGAUCGUUGUCUACGACUACCACAUCCUCCGCCGACGAAUCACUGCCGAAAGUUAAUCCAGUUAAAUGGACGGUGGGUGAAGUGUGCGAUUUCAUACGUGGUCUACCGGGAUGCGCCGAUUACGCGGAAGACUUCGCUAUCCAGGAGAUUGAUGGCCAAGCUCUUAUGCUGCUGAAAGAAGAUCACCUCAUGUCGGCAAUGAGUAUCAAAUUAGGCCCGGCAUUAAAAAUCGUCGCCAACAUCAAUUCGAUGCGCGUAGAAUCGAAUUCGAAUCCUUCGAAUAAUUCAUAACCGUCUGCUUACUAAUAGCAGGAUUUUCAAAAAAUGUUUCCAGAACGUUUCUAGCCUGCGGGCUACAGGGUUUGUGCAAGUAUUUGAUCGAAUGUAAAUGUGUAAGAUUAAAUGCCUUAAUGGCAACUACACUGAGUAUAUAAAUACGGACGAUUUUCAUAUCGGUAUAUUUUACGAAACUUUGUGAUGUUAGCGACUUCUCUGAUGUAUCUCUGGAACAAAUUGUAUAAUUUAAUUGAAUAAUUUUAAUUAUACAUAUAUAAUUUAGUUUAGUUUUCAUGAGUAAAUUACGAAAGAGACGAAGCAAUAUCUAUCAAUUUUUUUAUUUCGAAUGUAUGGAUAAAAGUAGAAAAAAAAACAGUUUGCUUAAAAUAUUAAUUGGUAUUUUAUUUUACGGUGAAAAAUGAGGAUACUUGUAUACUGUACGUACGGCGGAUACUCGUGAAUAUAAUGAUUCUAAAGGACAAAAUUUGUUUGGAUAAACAGUUCUUUAAAAUUUCCUAAAAAAUUAGCUUUAUUCAAGAGUAUCAUCCAUACGUUAUUUAUAAUUUGCUUUUUAUUCUGUUUAAUCGCGGUCUGAUAGCGAUCUAAAUGAAUUAAGGAUAUUCGUAUUUUUUUUCUUUAAGGAUUACAUUAUCGAGGAUACGUUUAUUUUAACGCACAAAAAUCGAAUUCAGGUGGAAACAUGAUUGUACUCUCAAGAUAGUAAUACUACGUUAAAUGCGUGAAAUUUGUUCAGUUGUAUUGUAUUCCGGGCUCGGCACUGAUUGAUGUUCAAAGGCCGGUGUAUUCAUAGUUAGAUCUUAUAUUUAAGACCAUCUUAAGUUUGAUAAAAUGACCAUAUUAGAAUCUUGAGGCAUUACUUAAGAUGAUCUUGAAAUAAGAACGGACUAUGAACACCAGUAGACAUGUGUAUAUAUAAUGUCACACAAUGAUCAUACAACAAUAGAAGUGAAUAUGAUCAUUGAACGGAUUUUAUUGAUCCUAAUGAUCACAAAGAAUGUUUGUGAAAUGAUUUCAUUUGACAUGCACAUAAUGAGAGUGUUUUUUCAAAGUGCACUAUUUUGUGAAACUGGAACUGUCAAAGAAUAGAGUACAAAUUGUGUCCAUUGUGCAGGAACAUAUAUUGUACAUACAAAACGAGGAUACAGCACGCUGUAUUUUGUACUCAAGAGUAAACACCACCGGUUGACGUACAAAAUGCAUUGCCUUCUAAAACUUACGGAUAGUAGCGUCACAGUUACUGUCUCAUUAAGAAUGCCGAUAUUUUUUUGUUCUUGCCGGAAUGAUAAUUUCGCUCUUAUGUUGAUAUUGAAGGGGAGAAAAAGAAACUGCCUGCUUGUGUCAUUCGUAUUUUCAUACAUACGUGUUUUGUAAACGUUAUACGUGUACUUGGUCGAUACAGGUGUAAAUAGUAGAUGUAAAAUGAUUUAUUUAUUGUACAAAAUUUUACGACACGAGAUUUUAGUUUCUGAGAAUUAUCCUUUCAUUAUCACAAUUAGUUCGUAGUCCAGUGAAAAAAAAGUGAUUAUCCUGUUCUUUAAGAGUAAUGAUGAAAUUAAGUCUUGGAAAGAAUUGUCACUAUUUUUAGUGUUGGACAACUUUUUUCAAUAAAAAUCUGACGAUAUAUAAUUUGUAGUAUGUCAAUAUAUUGGCACGUUCUUUGGAACUCGCUGUAAAUAUAUUUAUUAUAUAAAUUCACAUAACCGUCAAUUCUGAAGCUAACUGACAAUGAGGCAAAGGUUGCUGCUUUUAUAUAUUUCUUACUAUAAGAUUAAUUAAUUUUAUACAUAUUUCGAUAUAUUAUUGUAAAGUAACUGCGUGACGAUUUAAUAGGAUCCGUGUUUUGGAUUGAACAAUGAUUUGCGAUGCAGUUUACGCAAACGUUAAACGUAGUAAUAGAUGUCUUUUUGUACAUUGUAAGAGAGAAUCUUAGCGGAGGCAGCAAUAUAGCUCCUAAAAACAUCCGUAUGUAUCGCAUUACUAAAUUUCUCCCACGCUCUAUUCAUGCCUAUCGAUAGAAAGUAGAGUCUCUACAUAUAAUGCAAGUUAAAUAUUCCGUGCACCUCGUAAAAGUUUGUUUUAUUCAGGUUCGGUUGCACCAACAAUGCGAGCUUAUUAAAAUUCUCCCUCAGAGAAUAAGUAUCUUCCAUAUACAUUAAUUAAAAAAUGUAUUUCCUUUUUAUAUCCUUCUUAAAUCGACAAAGAAAACUUACGACACAGGCACAUAAAAAGAAUGUAAUUAAUUAGCGCUAACUGAAAUUGGUGCAACUGUGGCUGACAUACUUAGGUUUCACGAAUGCUGAAAUUCCAGCUACAAAUUCAAAGUUCAAAAUUCUGGCAUCGUUUUCGGCGAGGUUUCGAAAUAACUCAGGGCCCCAAAUGUUUCACAACAUACUUUUUAUAAUGGAGAAAUACACUCUGCAAUGGCAUAAAACUAAAUUAUUAUUAUUAUACUAUUGGGAAAUUAGAAGUUGAAAUAACUGCAAUUGAAAUUUUUCGAAUAAAGAAAAUAUAAUGAA